AUGGCUCCCUUGGCUUUGGUGGGGGUUGCCCUCCUUCUGGGCACACCCCACUGCUUGGGGGAAGCCACUCCGACCCCUUCCCUGCCACCUCCCCCAGCUAAUGACAGCGAUGCCAGCCCAGGCGGCUGCCAAGGUUCCUACCGCUGCCAACCAGGGGUGCUGCUGCCUGUGUGGGAACCCGACGACCCAUCACUGGGGGACAAGGCCGCACGGGCCGUGGUGUACUUUGUGGCCAUGGUCUACAUGUUCCUGGGUGUGUCUAUCAUUGCCGAUCGCUUUAUGGCAUCCAUUGAGGUCAUCACAUCCAAAGAGAAAGAAAUCACCAUUACCAAGGCAAAUGGGGAGACCAGCGUGGGCACUGUGCGCAUCUGGAAUGAGACGGUGUCCAACCUUACACUCAUGGCCCUGGGUUCCUCAGCGCCUGAGAUUCUGCUGACUGUCAUCGAGGUCUGCGGCCACAAUUUCCAGGCGGGUGAGCUAGGUCCAGGCACCAUCGUGGGCAGUGCCGCCUUCAACAUGUUUGUGGUCAUUGCUGUGUGUGUGUAUGUCAUCCCAGCUGGCGAGAGCCGUAAGAUCAAGCACCUAAGGGUCUUCUUCGUCACAGCCUCCUGGAGCAUCUUUGCCUAUGUCUGGCUUUAUCUUAUUCUGGCAGUUUUCUCCCCAGGCGUGGUCCAGGUGUGGGAGGCACUGCUCACACUGAUCUUCUUCCCGGUGUGUGUGGUAUUCGCCUGGAUGGCGGACAAGCGGCUGCUCUUCUACAAGUACGUGUACAAGCGCUACCGCACCGACCCUCGCAGCGGAAUCAUCAUCGGGGCAGAGGGAGACCCACCCAAAAGCAUCGAACUGGAUGGCACAUUCGUGGGCACUGAGGUCCCAGGCGAGCUGGGUGCAUUGGGCACAGGUCCUGCUGAGGCACGUGAGCUGGAUGCCAGCCGGCGCGAGGUCAUCCAGAUUCUUAAGGACUUGAAGCAGAAGCACCCGGACAAGGACCUGGAGCAGCUGAUGGGCAUCGCCAAGUACUAUGCACUGCUGCAUCAGCAGAAGAGCCGCGCCUUCUACCGCAUUCAGGCCACACGGCUGAUGACAGGUGCAGGCAACGUGCUGCGCAGACACGCUGCGGAUGCUGCCCGCAGGCCGGGGGCCAACGAUGGUGCCACCGAUGAUGAGGACGAUGGUGCCAGUCGCAUCUUCUUUGAGCCUAGUCUCUACCACUGCCUGGAGAACUGCGGGUCAGUGCUGCUGUCGGUGGCUUGCCAGGGCGGUGAGGGCAACAGCACCUUCUAUGUGGAUUACCGCACCGAGGAUGGCUCUGCAAAGGCAGGCUCCGAUUAUGAGUACAGCGAGGGCACGCUGGUGUUCAAGCCCGGGGAGACGCUCAAGGAGCUGCGCAUCGGCAUCAUCGACGACGAUAUCUUCGAGGAGGACGAGCACUUCUUCGUGAGGCUGCUGAACCUGCGUGUGGGCGAUGCUCAGGGCAUGUUCGAGCCCGACGGCGGUGGGCGGCCCAAGGGGCGGCUGGUGGCGCCGCUGCUGGCCACCGUCACCAUCCUGGAUGACGACCACGCGGGCAUCUUCUCCUUCCAGGACCGCCUGCUUCAUGUGAGCGAGUGCAUGGGCACGGUGGACGUGCGCGUGGUGCGCAGCUCAGGCGCACGUGGCACUGUACGCCUUCCCUACCGCACAGUGGACGGCACGGCCCGUGGCGGUGGUGUGCACUACGAGGAUGCUUGUGGAGAGCUGGAGUUCGGCGAUGACGAGACCAUGAAAACUCUUCAGGUCAAGAUAGUGGACGACGAAGAGUAUGAGAAGAAGGACAACUUCUUCAUCGAGCUGGGCCAGCCUCAGUGGCUCAAGCGGGGCAUCUCAGCUCUGCUACUCAACCAAGGGGAUGGAGACAGGAAGCUGACUGCAGAGGAGGAAGAGGCCCAGAGGAUAGCAGAGAUGGGCAAGCCAGUUCUUGGGGAGAACAGUCGCCUCGAGGUCAUCAUUGAGGAGUCUUAUGACUUUAAGAACACGGUGGAUAAACUCAUAAAGAAAACGAACCUGGCCUUGGUGAUUGGGACUCAUUCAUGGAGGGAGCAGUUUUUAGAGGCAGUUACUGUGAGCGCAGGGGACGAGGAGGAGGAUGAGGAUGGGUCUCGUGAGGAGCGGCUGCCAUCCUGCUUUGACUACGUGAUGCACUUCCUGACGGUGUUCUGGAAAGUUCUGUUCGCCUGCGUUCCACCCACGGAGUACUGCCAUGGCUGGGCCUGCUUUGGUGUCAGCAUCCUGGUCAUUGGUGUGCUCACGGCCCUCAUCGGAGACUUGGCCUCACACUUUGGGUGCACCGUGGGCCUCAAGGACUCAGUCAACGCCGUGGUCUUCGUGGCCCUGGGCACCUCCAUCCCUGACACGUUCGCCAGCAAGGUGGCCGCGCUUCAGGACCAGUGCGCUGACGCGUCCAUCGGCAACGUGACCGGCUCCAAUGCGGUGAACGUGUUCCUGGGCCUGGGUGUGGCCUGGUCGGUGGCCGCCGUGUACUGGGCGGUGCAGGGUCGCCCCUUCGAGGUGCGUGCAGGCACGCUGGCCUUCUCAGUCACACUGUUCACCGUCUUCGCCUUCGUGGGCAUCGCAGUGCUCUUGUACCGGCGCCGGCCACACAUCGGCGGCGAGCUGGGCGGCCCGCGGGGACCCAAGUUGGCCACCACCGCUCUCUUCCUGGGCCUCUGGUUCCUCUACAUUCUCUUCUCCAGCCUGGAGGCUUACUGCCACAUCCGGGGCUUCUAGGGCCCUAGCCGCUGCCCUGAAGGUGGCGACUUGGUGGCAUUUGCUCUUGGACCCACCCUUGUCUCCCUACCCAGAUUCAGCCUGGGUAUUUCCUAGGCUCCUCCUCAUCAGCCUUCUUCCUGGGAUCAGCCUCCCUUCCUCUCUGGAAUCCCCUCCCUUCUCAGCAGCACCCCCUUCGGCCCAUCCUUUGUGAGUGACACCCGAACCCCAUGGCCAGACAUUCUCCCUGGACACCUAGCCUGAUUCUGUCUUCUCGUGUCCCCUCCCUCAAGCCAUGAACCUUCACCUGUGCCCCCAGGUCUUAGAACAUCUCCCUAGGUACCUCAGAGGGAGGCUGUGCCAUCCCAGGACGCCACCCAUCACCGCCCUAACCCCCAACCCUCAGGGAGCUCCCUUACAGUCCCCAGGGGAAGGAAUAAGUGGGUGUUGGGGGGCGGGGGAAGGGCACACACCUUCCCUGAUUUAUCCACUCAGAGACUUAGAGAGGGAAGAGGGACGUUUGGAGUUUCUGUCCCCAGGCUCAGUCGGAGGAGGCAUAUCUUGAACCUACCACUUCUGACAUUCCAGCGCCCUACUCGCCCUCCACUACCUCUGAGAGCCUAGCCACACCUUGGAGGGAGGGGCCUGUGUGUGUAUAUAUAGUGUGUUUGGGGAGGGGGGACACGGGAGGGUGCAUGUCUUGGGGGAAGGGGCGUUGACAGACAUUCCCUUCUGAGAGGGCAGCACGUCACUCAGCCUUGAGAACCUUAGUGGAUGAAACUGAGAAUCAAAGGGAGUCCAGCCGACCUCCCCUGACAAUAUUCUAGAAGGAUUAACGAAAAUACUCUAGAAGGUUUAUUUUGCCCUCAGUGCCAGCCAAUCUGGGCAGGACCCUCGAAGAGGAGACCGAGGGUCCCAGAGGACCAAUGCUAAAAGCCAGCAAAUGCUGCCACAUCUCUGCCUG